AUGGGUUCAGUCGAUGAUUCAUUUAAUUUACAGUCAGGGGGCUACGUUGGUAGCAUUGAAUGCGCUCGAGCUGGCACCGAUAUUGAGAGGCUGGCGCUACGGAUUAGCCUUGCUGAUAUUGACGAGCAGUUUGAGAAAGUGAUACAGAAGUCGUUAGUUUUCAUUUUACGAUAUUUGGCGAAGUAUGAUGAUCAUCGGAGGAAGCUUUUGGAACUGUUGGGGGAUGUUACGCGUCGCUUAAAACGGCGCUCCAAUAUACAGCUUCCCGUUCAUGAGCUUUUUGUUGCUUAUAAUGAUCCGGAAAACUCAACAUACCUUACAAAUUUCUCUCAUAUGUACAUCCGUUUGGGAUAUCCUCGUAUGCCAGUAACUGAACAAAUUUGUCUUCUUCCAGUAUUAUUUGCAUCACUGACAGAAAAUAAGCCUAUAGUCCAGCGAGAUGUUCUUUUGCAUCUGACCCUUCCCAUUAUUGGCGGUGUUCCUGCUGACGCACGCAAUAGGCUAGAACUGGAACUUCAUGAACUGCCCAUGCAGCGGAGGUUCAUUAAUGAAUUUUAUUCAUUAGUUUUGCUGUUGCCAUACACUUUUGAGCGUCAUAUCCGCUUUGACACCCUGGCAGUCGCUAUUCCAGAGGGAUUUAAUGCAUACGACUACAGUAGAGUCGCCCAUGAGCGCUUUUCUGCCAUUCACUCUGCUUCAGACCUCGAAAAGUACAAGGUUGCCAUAGUACAGUUUUAUAGCCGCGGAUUUUUCCCAACCGACGAAAGCAUUGUUCCUCUGCUCUUUGCUGAUGCAGAUUCACGGCACUCAGUUGUCUCUGCCGCAAACAAGGAGGUUCGAAUGUUGAGCGUCCUUGUGGAUUGGGAAAAUGAAGCUCUUCUUUCUCGAAUUUUUGACUGGUAUCUUGGUCGACGCCGAGAGUUUGACCCGAAAGGUCUUUCGGAUCCUCGUCAGCCCCUGAGUGCAGGUGUUCGAAUAAAACUCGGGCACUUUUUGCUUCGAUCCCGAAUUACGCUUACAGGUACUUUGGCACCGGAUCUAAUAGAAGCCGCGGUACUCAGUUUGAAAGGAGUGACAAGUUGCAAGGAACCGGCGAAACCUCUAUCUGCUGCUCCUUCACAGCAACCCCAGCAGCAGCAGCAGCCGUCACAACUUGUUUGUCCAACACAUGGGAUGAAGGCAGAGCAGACUCAACAGCAGCAGCAAUCUUCGGCGGAUUCCACAUCCGCAUCUGUUUCUGCAGCUCAAUGCUCUCAUCGCGCAGGACAGAGCGUCCAACGCCGGCUUGCUAAUCAUGGCCUCGACUUGCUGGCGCAUUUGCUCGAUAAUGCUACCUCUAUUCCACCGGAUGCGUCCGUCCGUGCUCUUGGAAGUCUCAUUGAAUUUGUUUAUGAAGGUACUUCUGACGAGAUAAUCUGUGGUGUGUUAUUUUACAACUUUGUCUCCAUGCCACUUUUGCUUCAGCUUGUUCCUGCAAGGGCACGAGGCUUUGAACUCCUAUCUCGCUUUUUGUCCCGCGAGCCGAAUUACCUCCUCAAAGAUCCAUCACAGCUUCCUCGUCUUUUCGACGUUCUUUCAGAGGACAUUGCCCCAGAUUUGAAAACUGCAGCUGCCCACUGUCUUCGUCGCCUUGCCUUUACUUUCCAGGAGGCUCAAAGGCAAAAUUAUCCCGCUCUGAGGAAUCAGCUUGCCAAACUUGAGCGUCUCCUCUUUGAGAACAUGGAGAGAGCGGACCCUGUUAGUCGUUUGGUUGCCGUUCACUUCGCAGGUAUUAUCUAUCCUCCUGAUCACAUUCCGACUCGUUAUCUCAUUCUUCAGGCUCUUGGUGAUAAAGACCAAAGAGUGCGAAAUGAGGCUCGCAUGGUGUUCUCCAUUUUCCUUGACCCCAACAUAGCAAACGACAUCGUGUACGGACGCGUCAAAUUACCAUCUUUUGUGGAGUUUGUCAAUCAUGAUACGCAGCAUAUUCGGAAGAAUCCUUUCAUCGAUGUGGAACGCCUCAUUCCCGUGGUUCAAUUCAUCCGACUUUGCCUUCUGGCUGUGAAGGGAGGUCUAACCUCAGCGCAGGAGAAGGAAAUGAUAUACGAAACAGAUGAUGAGAUUCGUUACCGCAUUAACCAGAAUGUGCGCUACCUUUUAUCUCUGACAGCGCCAUCUUCCACGUCGGCGGGGUCUUCUACCAAAGGGGCGGAGGGAUGCAUCAGUGAUGCGUCUGCAACUGCUGCACACGGUGGACUGCUGCAACCCAAUCCCGAGCAGGCGCGCCGCAGCAUCGCCACCUACUUUCGUCUCAUUCAUGUGGUCAUCUUUGCUCGCUGCCAGUCGCCCUGGGACUCUCCGGAAUUUCCCAAUUUUAUGGAAGAGGUAUUGAUAAAUAAUACACGUGAGUUGGCCGUUGGAGGAAAAAACAUACUGGAUCAGAUAAACAACCUGUUGUUAGGCACUGCACGUGGUGCAAACUGUCGUCACGCCUGCGCCUCCAUUUUCUCCGCGGUCACAAUGGAGACAGAGCAACCAGCGGAGGCACUGCAGAUCGCGAUGGGAAUGCUUGAUAAGGUCCCAAAGGGCUCAGUUGCAGUGGAUGUGGAAAGUUCGCAUCACAUACAAGGCAUGAUGAUGGGUGUGGCAUACUUGUUGAAACACCUGCACGACAGGCACUGCUCAUCCCAACCCGCUGGCUCCAGUGCCGUUGCAAACAGCGCCGGGACAAACGUCAACACUACCAGUGGUGGUGGUGGUGGUGACGCUUUCCUUGUUCGUCCCACUCUUCUCAUUGACAAGCAAACAAACAAGGAUAAGUCCACUCAUCACCAAGAGAAGGAAGGAAAGAACGCCACCGGUAGUGGUGUUCGCUAUAUCACUACUACCGUAGCUCAAGCCACAGUGACUACUCUUCUCGAAGCUCUAGCCGUCCUCGCUCAAGCCGGUUGUCUUGCCAACCUGCCCGCGGGGUCCACUGUCCCCACCAUCGAGCCCUCCGGCGCUCUUCCGUCCUGUGGGGAGAGUAAGGCUAAUUUAGUGGCGCGUGUCGCCCUCUACCUCACUCUUCCGCCUUCACCCGUCAUUAGUGCGACCACCAACAGUGGGACAGCAAAUACUUCGGCAACGAACAAAGCGAGUGAGGAACCGUUGCCUGUGAUGGCGGGACAUCAGCGCGUGUGGUUUGCUACCCUCCGUACUCUCGCUUGCCUUUGCACUGGUGAACCAUCAGAAAAUGUUUCUGCAGCAGCUCACGAAAAGGGAACCGAGCCGCGUGUGUCCACUCACCCGCACCUAAUGUUCAUCAUUGAAGCUAUGUCAAAAAUGCAGGAGGUGCGUGAUCCGGCACUUCAGUUGGCAGUGGGUGCAGCAAUGGCGGAUGCGCUUUUGGGUGCAGCCUCCCCUUACAAGGGUCUGUGGUUCGAGCGCAUCUAUCCACUUCACGUACCUUCAGGCGCUUCUGAGGCCGCUGCGCGCUCUCCUGCUGGUCGCUGGUUGGCUGAACGCUUUGUUGCCUUGCUUACUCACAAGCCUGGGCAGAUGAAACCGCCACCUGCGAUGCUUGCUGUUUCCCUUUGGGCUUUGGCCAUGGCGAGGCGGUUUGCUCCCCCACCUGUUGACCUUCUUUCACCCGAACUUUUCAUCAACCUCCUCACCGAAAACGAUGAGGCUCUUCAAUGUGUGGCAGCCAGUAUUCUCGGCCUCAUAUAUGAUCGGAACGAUGAAGUGGCUCGCAUUGCUCUUGUCGAGAGCUUAAACAAAAUGAUUGCCGAUGGUAAACGACCUAACACCUCAGUGUUUCGUGAGCUCUGCAGUCUGGCGCACCAAAUAGGUCGAGAUGAUAUGUCACUUUCUUUGGUUGUAUUGGCAACCACAUCUCCACCGCCGAGCGUAAACACUUCAGUUCUCUUCCAACCGGUUAAUGCUCUUGACGGCGCAUCUGUUGGUCCAGCAAAUGGUCCUGCGACAGCAGCAGUCUCUACUCCGUGGUUGACGCUUUGCGCGGUGGCAUGCGCAGGCCUGGUUCGGCGCCUCGGUCGCUCCCUCGCUCCUGCCCUUCCGCGUCUUGUUCCGCGUGUCUUCAUUCGACGUUACGAUAUGGCGCGACCGCGUAUGCGCAAUGCCAUGCAGAAGAUUUGGUUAGGUCUUAUCCUCUACGCCACGUCGAAUUCUGCUUCCAAUGGAAUGGCUAACCCCAGUGCGGCCUCAAAAUCGGACUCUGGUGGCGCCAGUGCCUCUGGUCCUGCUGUCUCACCUGCUACGAUUACCACCACAUGGGAGAGUGGCAAUUUGGCCAAUGUCUCGGUCAACGCACUGGCUUCUGAAUUGGUAGUUUACUCUAACGUUUUAACUGCUGAGUUCCAUAAAUGA